GUGACUAGCCCACGCAGGCUCACACCCCUCGCUGGGUCUCGGACCUGCCCUGGCUCACUCUCUUCCAGCCCGCCAUCCCUAACGGAGGCACCUGUUCCUGGUGGCGCAGCUCCUGGUGGCGCAGAGCGCGCGGGCCCGGGCGGCGCGGAAAGCAGCAGCAGGAGGAGGAAGAGCGGAGCAGGUCCGAGGAGCAGAAGCUUCGCGGCACACCUGGUGGUGAGCAUCUCUAGCAAGAGGAGAAGGCAAGGAUAGGCCCAGGAGUAAUGGAGUCCAAAAAUCAAGAAGUAAAAGAUCUCAACAUGGAAAAUGACCACCAGAAAAAGGAGGAGAAGGAAGAAAAGCCGCAAGAUACUAUCAAAAGGGAGCCAGUUGUGGCCCUGACUUUUGAGGCUGGCAAAAACUGUGUGCCUAGAGGAGGUCGCAGGCGGUUCCGGGUUAGGCAGCCCAUCGCUCACUACAGAUGGGACCUGAUGUAUAGGGUUGGGGAGCCCCAGGCAAGGAUGAGAGAGGAGAAUGUACAGAGGUUUGGGGAGGAUAUGAGACAGCUCAUGGAGAAGUUACGGGAAAAGCAGCUGAGCUAUACCAUGCGUGCUGUUAGCACCGACCCCCCUCACCAUGACCACCAUGAUGAGUUUUGCCUUAUGCCCUGAGUCCUGAGGUUUCCUCUGAAGGUGAUAUGGGGACCCCUGCUUUGUGAUGUACAAGUUUCGAGAUUGCUCCUUUUGUGUAGAUCUCCUCCUGUUACCAGCUUCUAAUUGAAACUUGUGUUUUUUUACUCAGUCUAUAAUUCUUUUGUUAGCAGAAUCAGUUGCAUGGGAAGCUCCACAUUACAUACUGUAUACCUAAUAAAGCAGAUUAAAAGGCA